ACCAUCCGCGUUAACGAGUACCUACAUUAGAUUCUUGCAUUUCAUACGAGUGGGAGAUAGAAUCAGGAAAAUUUCUUGGAGUUGAGGAAACCUGAGAAAAUGGACAGAGAAGGAGAGGGAGCGACGGCAGCGUCUUCUCAGGCCAACAGACCUGGUAGGAGGGUGGAUCCUUUGCUCGUAACAUGAAGGUUUUUCAGUAUUAUAUUCGAUGGUAUAUUUCGUUGUUAUGCAGUUGUAUCUCAUUCUUCGUGGUUCUUGCUGAGACGGAAUGGGAGUUUAUUCUUAAGAACUGUGUUGCAGUAAUGACAAGAGCUUUCCCUGUGUAUUCUGUAGAGAAGAGAGAGCUUAUUCUUCUCCAAGAUGCUGCAAGUUAUCUCCUCCUUGCUUGUGGUGCAAUCUAUGUUGUAUCGGGAAUAAUGUGCAUUGGGUUUCUCAAACGUGCUCGUGAAGAGAGAGACGGCAAAGAACAGGAUUGUCAAAGAUCUUCAGGAUUUGGAAAGACAAAAACAAGAACUUGAACGGUUGCUCAUUUCAGACACUGUUUGAAACGAUAUAGACAUUCCCAUGCAACAGAACAUAAUUGCACCAGAUUCUCGCUUCACUGCUGGGAUUGUAUGAGCCUUUUUGUAGCUUCAUUUUAAUUCUAUUAUAAUUGCCCCCUUAUAGAGUUCUAAUCAUGUAAAUUUUGUCUAACUUGAUAAUUUGUCCCUUUACUGAUCAUG